CAUGCUCCAUUAAAAAAAACGAAAUAGAAAAAAAAAUAUUGAAUAUAAUGCAAUUUAAUUGCACAUGCAUAUGGUGGACCACGUUGGUGAUGCAUGCAUCAUGGACAAAGUAAUCAAUCAAGAUUAUCACACUAAUUAAAAAUUUAUUAUCUUAAGAUUCUGACUCCAAAUAAGACAAGCAACAUCCCUUUCAUCCUCUCCAUCCACCAUCCUCACCUCUUCCUCCUUAUCAACCAUCUCAAUCUCCUUCUCCAUCACCAACACUUUUCGACUAGGUGGCCAGUCCAGCGGCAUCCAUCGAGCUUAAAUUGUUGGAACUCACACGACUUGGCUUACCAUACGAUGGGCCGCGCCCCGUGUUGCGACAAGGCCACCGUGAAGAGAGGCCCUUGGUCGCCGGAGGAGGAUGAGAAGCUCAAGUCCUACAUCGACCAGCACGGCACUGGGGAUAACUGGAUCGCCCUCCCCAAAAAGAUUGGCCUGAAAAGGUGCGGCAAGAGCUGCCGGCUCCGGUGGCUGAACUAUCUCCGGCCGAACUUGAAGCACGGCCACUUCUCCGAGGAGGAAGACAACAUCAUCUCCACCCUCUUCAUCAGCAUCGGCAGCAGAUGGUCAAUUAUUGCAACGCAAUUACCGGGAAGAACAGACAACGAGAUCAAGAACUACUGGAACACGAAGUUGAAGAAGAAGCUCUUCGGAAAGAACAUUAAUUCUGAUCAGCCGAAGAAGAAGAAACUUUCCACUCUUGUCGGUGCCACACUCGACGGCUGCCGGUCUCGGUCAGAAAGCCAAGAAGUCCGAGCUCCGGUGAUGGCUCCGGCUGCCGGCGAAGACACUACUGUCAGUACUAAUUAUUCAUCAGGAUCCUCUUCCACAUACGGACUCACGGGGGAGCUGGACGAGCUCUUCCAGUUCAGCACGAUCAAGUUGGAGGAGAUGGACUGGCUUUUCGGAGCGGCAGCGGCAGCCGUGGGCGAGAGUUCAUCGGCGGUGAUGGCGCCGGUGAGCUGCGGCGAGCGUGGUCCGGUUGACACUGGCGGGACCAGCGCAAGUGCGUGGCCGUGUGAUAAUGUAACUAAUGGAGGUUUUUACAUUUAAUUGUGUGUGUAAAUAAUGACCGCUGUUGAUUUUCUCGGAGGAACUCGGACAAUGAGAAAUAUUAUCCGGUUUGUAAUUUGUGAUAUUUUAUAUUUAUUUCACAUUUCCUUUUU